CGACCGUGUACGGUUUGAAGUGAUCUAGUUCGUCAGUAACACAGACCACGUUCACAAUGCAAUCGCUGGUGGUGUUCUUUGCUCUCGCCGCUGUGGCUUGCGGCUCAAUCAUUCCCUUGGCGCAGCCUGCGCAUCACCCAGCGCUCGUGCUGGACCCACAUGGCCGCCCCCUGGAUACUGCUGAAGUUAUCAACGCUCGCGCCCUCCACCUCCAAGCUAAAGCCCUGGAACACGGACACGCUGCAUACGCUCCCCUCGCUCACGCCGCAGUCGUCGCCCCAGCAGUGGUCGCCGCUCCCGCCGCCGUGUCUCACCAAUCUCGUGUGGAUGUACACUCCAGCCCUGCAGUCGUAGCUCACGCCUCUCCUCUUGUUAGUGAGCAUUCUCUCGCCUCCCCCUGGUUGGGCUACUCUGCAUACGGACUUGGUGCUCACUACCUCAAGAAACGUUCCCUCGGCCACAUUACCUACAACGCACCAGUCAUCGCUCCCGCUGCCGUGUCCCAUCAAUCCCGUGUCGACGUAGUCUCUAGCCCCGCUGUCGUCUCUCACGCCGUUGCUGCCCCAGUGCUGGCUCACGCCGUCGCUACACCAGUAGUAGCUCAGGCUAUCGUCCCUGCUGCGGUAUCUCACCAAUCUCGCGUCGAUGUACACUCUAGCCCCGCAGUCGUAGCUCACGCCACUCCUCUUGUUAGUGCGCACUCUGUCGUCUCCCCCUGGUUGGGCCACUCUACAUAUGGACUUGCUGCUCACUACCUCAAGAAACGAUCUUUGAGUCACAUUGCCUACAGCGCCCCAAUUAUCGCCCCAGCUGCUGUGUCUCACCAGUCCCGUGUCGAUGUAGUCUCUAGCCCCGCUGUCGUCUCUCACGCCAUUGCUGCCCCAGUGGUUGCUCACGCCGUAGCUACCCCAGUCAUAGCUCAUGAUGUCGUCCCUGCUGCGGUAUCUCACCAAUCUCGCGUCGAUGUUCACUCCAGUCCUGCUGUCUCGGUGGCUACCAUUCCUUUUCUCCAUUCAGCACCGCUUGUCCACUCCUCUCCUUUGACGUAUGGUGCUAGUCAUUUAGUUCAUAGCUGGUGAAGAGCUAAACAGACGAACUAUUAAGAAUGUCAAUAAAUAUAAUAUGUCGAAAGUAUUUAAAAUAAAUGAAAUAUUUAUUACAUUU